GCGACAUCGCGACAGCCUCCAGACAGUCUUGAUAGGCCGCGACUGCCAUCAAGAUGGCGCUCUACGGUUCCAGCAGGAAUGUGGACAUGGGAAAGUCAGUCAUAGGUUCACGGCGCCAUGUCAUACCAUACUGAAUUUUUAUACAGGCAAGAGUCUGAGCUUGCCAUCAACAUUCGCAAAGCAACCAGCAUCGAGGAGGUCUCACCUAAACGCAAGCAUGUGCGAGCAUGCAUCGUGUACACAUGGGAUCAUAAGAGCUCCGCCUCCUUCUGGCAGGGCAUGAAAGUGCAACCGAUCCUCGCCGACGAAAUCCAGACGUUUAAAGCGCUCAUUACCGUACACAAGGUCCUACAAGAAGGCCAUCCUAUCGUUUUGAAGGAGGCACAGUCCAACACUAGCUGGUUGGAGAGCCUGUCGCGGGGUGCUACAGACGGCGCAGGUGCACGAGGAUACGCGCCACUCAUCUCAGAGUAUAUAUAUUACCUCAUGGCCAAGUUGGCGUUCCACCGACAGCACCCGGAGUUUAAUGGAACUUUCGAGUAUGAGGAGUACAUCAGCUUGAAGUCCAUCAACGACCCAAACGAGGGAUACGAGACAAUCUCAGAUCUUAUGACGCUCCAAGACCAGAUCGAUGCGUUCCAGAAGCUCAUCUUUUCACACUUCCGAAGCGGCGCCAACAACGAAUGCAGAAUCGCUGCGCUUGUCCCGUUAGUCCAAGAGAGCUAUGGCAUCUACAAGUUCAUUACCAGCAUGCUGCGUGCUAUGCACACCACACUUGGUGACGAUGAGGCGCUCUCUCCUCUUCGUGGCAGAUACGAUGCCCAGCACUACCGUCUCGUCAAGUUCUACUACGAGUGCUCGAACCUUCGAUACCUUACAAGCUUGAUCACCGUGCCAAAGCUUCCUCAAGAUCCGCCGAACCUCCUCUCUGAAGACGAAUCGGCGCCCGCACUUCCCACGAGACCAAAGGCAUCGGAGCCUGCUCCUCCGCCUCGCGCACCGUCGGUCGAUCCCGAGCCGAUCAACGAAUUCUGGAAGAACGAUCAGAAGAGGCAGCAAGAGCAGUACGAGGAGGAGCAGCGGAGGCUAGCGCAGCAAUGGGAAGAUGCACAGCUUCAGCAGCAGCAACAGCAGCUGCAAGCGCAGAGAGAUUUUGAAGAACAACAAAGGCUACAGGCGGAACAGGCGCGUAUUGCGCAAGAGGCACUCAUGCGCGAUCAGUACCAGCAGCAGACCCAGGGCCGCCUUGCGGAGCUCGAGCGGGAAAAUCUAAACGCGCGCGCGCAGUACGAGCGCGAUCAGCUCAUGUUGCAGCAGUACGAUCAGAGGAUGAAGGCACUCGAGGGAGAAAUUUCACAGAUGAACCAGAACUUUGGUUCGCAGAUGAGCUCCCGUGACGAACAGCUUAGAGCGCUCCAAGAGCAGCUGAACACAUGGAGAUCGAAAUAUGAGUCGUUGGCCAAGCUCUACUCGCAGUUGCGCCACGAACACCUGCAGCUUCUCCAGAAGUUCAAGGCAGUCCAGCUCAAGGCCAACUCUGCACAAGAAGCCAUCGACGCUCGCGACAAGCUGCAGCGAGAGUUGAAGACAAAGAAUCUCGAGCUGGCAGACAUGAUCCGCGAGCGUGACCGUGCGAUGAUGGACAAGGACCGAAGCACCGGCGGACACCGCGACGAAGUAGAGAAGCUCAAGCGUGAGCUACGCGAGGCUCUGGACCGGAUCGACAACGCAGAACGAGGCAAGGGCUCCGAGCUGUCAUCUAUGCUGGCGAGGCACAACCGUGAAAUUGCGGACUUGGAGGAAGCCUUGCGCAACAAGACACGCCAGCUCGACCAGCUGCAGAUGAAGCAUCGCGAAGGCGACUCGGAUCUGGAGCGUCUGCUGCGCGACAAGGAAGAGGAACUCGAGAUCUUCCGUGCUGGCAUGGACCAGACAUUGCUUGAGCUGAACGAGCUCAAGCUGAAUGGCAACGCCAGCGAGGAUGUUCUUGACGGACACCUUGACACCAUCAUGCAGGACAGCUUGCAGAAGAUUAACGACAUCAUCGACUCUGUGCUGCAAAGUGGUGUUCAGCGCGUAGAUGACUCUCUCUACGAAUUGGACUCCUCCAUGCAGGCUGGUAACCAGAAUGCGACUGGCCCUUAUGUGCUUUCGCAGAUCGAAAAUGCGUCCACAAGUGCCAUGGAGUUUUCGACUGCCUUUAACAACUUCAUCGCGGACGGACAUAACGCGAAACACGCAGAGGUUAUUAACGCAGUCAACAGCUUCUCCGGUUCAAUCGUAGAUGUUCUCAUCAACACCAAGGGUCUCACAAGGUUCGCUUCGGACGAGAACAAGGCUGAUCAGCUUAUCAACGGAGCGCGAGCCUCUGCCACAUCGACCAUCAGAUUCUUCCGUAACGUUCAGUCUGUACGGAUGUAUGACCUUGACGCUGAGCAGAAGAUUGAUGUGGUCAUCAACAACAGCUCUGAGGUUGUCCGUAACCUGCAGAGUCUGUCCAAGUUGGCGGACGCCUUCGCACCCAAGAGCAAGUUGAACACCAAUGGAGAUCUUGGUGAGGUCGUUGACGACGAGCUUACGAAGGCUGCGAACGCCAUUCAAGCGGCUGCUGAUCGUCUUGCCAAACUGAAGAACAAGCCACGAGACCAGUUCUCUACCUAUGAGCUGCAGAUCCAUGACUCAAUUCUUGAUGCGGCUAUCACAGUCACGAACGCUAUCGCACAGCUCAUCAAGGCGGCUACGGCAUCGCAGCAAGAAAUCGUUCGCGAAGGCCGUGGUAGUAUGUCCAAGACACAGUUCUACAAGAAGCACAAUCGCUGGACUGAAGGUCUUAUCAGCGCAGCCAAGGCCGUCGCUACUUCCACCAACAUGCUCAUCGAGACUGCUGAUGGUGUCAUCUCUGGCCGUAACUCGCCCGAACAGCUCAUCGUCGCGUCCAACGAUGUUGCUGCCUCCACUGCUCAGCUUGUCGCUGCCAGUCGUGUAAAGGCCAGCUUCAUGAGCAAGACACAAGACAGGCUUGAGACUGCCUCAAAGGCCGUCACUGCUGCCUGCCGUGCGCUUGUCAGACAGGUGCAAGAAAUCAUCGCUCAGAAGAACAGGGCCGAUGGUGACGUGGUGGACUACACCAAGUUGAGCGAUCACGAGUUCAAGGUUAGGCAGAUGGAGCAGCAGGUCGAGAUCUUGCAGCUUGAGAACCAACUCUCGCAGGCGCGCGUCAGGUUGGGCGAGAUGCGCAAGCUGUCGUACCUCGAAGAGUAAAGUGCACUUCACAAGUGCUCGUAAGUAUUGUAAUUCUCUUCUUGUUAGAUAGUCUUGUGUAAUUUCCGACGCGCGGAGCGUUAUCUGUUGAGAGGAAAUGGAGGAACUCGUGGCCUUUUAGCACAAUCAUAUGGUUUGCUGCCAUCAUCAAUACCACAAUGCCAAAUUGUUACAUCCUUGCUCUUGUGCACGUUCUU